AUGCCCUCUCCUAAACUUAUAGUCAUCCUAGGAGCCACUGGCAACCAGGGCGGCUCUGUCGCCAACGUCUUUCUCGCGGAAUCUGGCUGGCAAGCUCAAGCAUUGGCAGCACGUGGAGCCCAGGUCGUCCAUGCCGAUCUCGAGAUGCCUAGUACGUUGGCCGCCGCUUUCGAGGGUGCUCAUGCUAUUUUUGCCGUCAGUGACUUUUGGGGACUGUACGCUGAUCCUUCCAACCAAAACAAGCCAAAAGCCGGUCAGCCAUUAAAUGCGUGGGCAGGUGAGCAUGAAACUCAGCAGCUGAAGCAUGCUAUCGAUGCAGCAGCAAAAAUCCCAACACUAGAGCGCUUCAUCCUCUCCUCGCUUACGAACGUGACGAAGUGGUCCAAAGGAAAGUAUACUCGUGUAUAUCACUUUGAUUCGAAAGCAAAUGCAGCGGAUUAUGGCAAGCAGACAUAUCCCGACGUGUGGAAGAAGACGAGUAUCUUUCAAGCAGGCAUGUUUUUGAGCAACUAUAUCAACAACCCCAUUAUGAAACCAAUCAAGAGCAAGGAUGGAACGGUCGAGUUUCUCUGGAAUGUGGAGCCGCACGUGAAGCUCCCGUUCAUUGCUGCUGAGGAGGACACCGGUCCUAUUGUGAAAGAACUCGUUGCCAACGAGGAAGCGGAAAAGAACAUCAUUGCUUACAGAGAAUACCUGAGUGGGCAAGAACUAGCUUUGUGCUUCGAAAAGGCCACUGGUUUGAAGGCUAAGUCAGUCAAUCUGCCUAGGGGUAGUUUCAGUGUGCCUUUGCCCGAUGAGUUGAAGGGUGAACUUGAAGACAACUUUGCAGCCUUUGGUGAGUUUGGCUACGAAUCUUGGGAGGAUCUUAGUAUCAUCCACCCUCAAGAUUUGAAGUCACCACCGUCACUCGACACCGUCGAGAAUUACUUUAAGAAGCAAGAUUUAUCAAUGAUCUUUCGUACCUAA